GGAAUAGUUUACAAGACGUAGAAUUUUGGGCUAUGAAAUCUAAAGACUGCCCUCCAAUCUUUUCACCCUUUUAGAUGAUACCGUGGACAUUUGUUUAAAGGCCCUCAAAAAUUAGUUUUAGUUAAGUUCCAGAAAGAUCAAGCAAGAUCUUAAUUCAGUAGAAAAGUGGUAUGACUCUAGAGUUUGCAAGAUAAAAGUUCAAGGAUUAAAUUCGCACUUGCUUCAAUACUUCAAUAAUUGGACCUGUCGACACCUUAGAUCGCCUUUGUUUUGCCAUUCUCUACAGCAGACCAAAGAGUUCAUCAAAUGUACAUUAUUUCAGCAUAGAUAAUGAACUUGAAUAUGAGAACUUCUACGCAGAUUUUGGACCCCUCAAUCUGGCAAUGGUUUACAGAUAUUGUUGCAAGAUAAAUAAGAAAUUAAAGUCCAUUACAAUGAUAAGGAAAAAAAUUAUUCAUUUUACUGGCUCUGAUCAGAGAAAACAAGCAAAUGCUGCUUUCCUUGUUGGAUGUUAUAUGGUUAUAUAUUUGGGGAGAACUCCAGAAGAAGCAUAUAGAAUAUUAAUGUUUGGAGAUACAUCUUAUAUUCCUUUCAGAGAUGCUGCCUAUGGGAGUUGCAGUUUCUACAUUACGCUUCUCGACUGUUUUUAUGCAGUAAAGAAGGCAAUGCAUUAUGGCUUCCUUAAUUUCAACUCAUUUAACCUUGAUGAAUAUGAACAUUAUGAAAAAGCAGAAAAUGGAGAUUUAAAUUGGAUAAUACCAGACCGAUUUCUUGCCUUCUGUGGACCUCAUUCAAGAACCAGACUUGAAAGUGGUUACCACCAACAUUCUCCUGAGGCUUAUAUUCCAUAUUUUAAGAAUCACAACGUUACUACCAUUGUUCGUCUGAAUAAAAGGAUGUAUGACGCCAAACGCUUUACGAAUGCUGGUUUCGAUCACUAUGAUCUUUUCUUUGCGGAUGGCAGCACCCCUACUGAUGCCAUUGUCAAAGAAUUUCUGGAUAUUUGUGAAAAUGCUGAGGGUGCCAUUGCAGUACAUUGUAAAGCUGGCCUUGGACGGACGGGCACCCUGAUAGCCUGCUACAUCAUGAAGCAUUAUAGGAUGACAGCAGCUGAGACCAUUGCUUGGGUCAGAAUCUGUAGACCUGGCUCAGUGAUUGGGCCUCAGCAACAAUUUCUGGUGAUGAAACAGACAAGCCUCUGGUUGGAAGGUGACUAUUUUCGUCAAAAGUUAAGGGGUCAGGAGAGUGGAAAACACAGGGCAGCUGUCUCAAAACUCCUUGUGGCUGUUGAUGACAUUUCCAUCAGUGGGGUGGAGAAUCAAGACAAGCAAGACCCUGAACUGUACAGUGAUGAUGACGAAAUCAACGGAGUGACACAAGGUGAUAGACUUCGGGCCUUGAAAAGCAGAAGACAAUCAAAAACAAAUGCUAUUCCCCUCACAGUAAUUCUUCAGUCCAGUGUUCAGAGCUGUAAAACAUCUGAACCUAACAUUUCUGGCAGUGCAGGCAUUACUAAAAGAACCACCAGAUCUGCUUCAAGAAAAAGCAGUUUUAAAAGCCUGGUUCCUCAGAGGGAAAGAAGGAAAAGGAAUGCUUUGCAGCAAAUGCCCUUAAUGGCAUUAUGUCCCUCCAUUUCAAGGACUAAAACAGUCUUGCGUUAAGUAAAAACCUGUGACCAGAACUGAAGGAAGACUCUAGGAACAGAAAACCACAACAGGACUUAGCACAAUUUAUUUGGAAACAAAACAAAAUUGCAAGAGCCUUAGCUGCUUUCCACCUAAGAAGUGUAUUCAAGGAAGAAAAUAGCCACUGGAGUUGAAAUAACUGCAUGAGUUUGGGUACAAGUGCAUGACUUGAAGACAGCCCAACUCUCCUUUGGUAGAAACGUCUCAAGUUUACGACAAAAAAGCUGUUGUAAAUUGAGUCUCAGGUGUAAAUAUCCAAGCCCUCUGUUAUCAGGAGAGCUGACCAGUCUGUGUGGUGCAUGUGUGUCCCUGUGAUGGCAAUCAUUUUAGCUGCUGGCCUUCAGAAGAAUUGAGGAUCUGAUGGAGGUUUUUUACGUAUUUAUUUUCUGUUUACCCUGUGUCAAAAUUUAUCAAGAUAAAACAGGCAUUACUGAAAUGGUACUUUCUGUAAUUUGAUACUAUUUGGUUUAAUCAUCUUCACUUUAAUAUUUGUAAUACUCUUGUAAUUUAACUUUGUUAAGUACCCAAGCUGCUUGUCUUCCACCAAAGAGUGCUUUAUUAACAAGAAUCUGAAAACCACAUUUGAAGACUGCUGCAUGUUGAGAUAUAAAGUGGUACUUUUGUAACCUAGAACUUGCAAGAGAAUAUUAAUGAUAGCUUUAGAAGACUCAGGAGGAAAAACUGGCUUCAGAGUUGGAAGAUUGUUGUAAGUCAUUUUUAUGUCGUUUAGGGACUGAAGAAUGCCAAGGCUGCCCACUGUUUGGUUGCCCAGUCAUACAAAUUAAAAUCAUAUUUCCUUCCAUGCAUAAAUAUCCCCCACACUGUUGGUGUUUCCCCUUGGAAACAGCAAUCCCAAAUAAUGGUGGCUUUUAAAAAAAAAAAAGUUACCACUCUAUUAGGGUCUUUCUCUAUAGCAUUGUAGAUUUUUUUUUGUUCUGUGAUCAGCCUAAGGCCCUUCAUACACCCUUUGAUUUUAGUAACAGUUAUUUGCAUCUGGAUUUCUGUUGUUUGUGAAUAAGAAACUCACUGUUGCCUUUGGUUAGAGACUACAACUAAUAACUCCUUGCAGAGUGCCUUCUCCCCUCAACCCUGUAGAAACACAGCAGAGUCUGAUAUAAAGCAAUCAUAAAAACAGAACUUGUUUGAAAAAAAAAUGGGGCCCAAAAUAAAAGAAUAUUUUGCAAUCAACUUGGUUACUCCCUAAUAAGAAGUGAAUGGUUUUAGUUAUUGUUAACCACUGUUUGCCUGUCCCGGUUUGGAGAAUUGGGGGUAGAAGAUGGAAAGGCAAUAGAAGGCAAAUGCCUUCACAUUACAAGAUGAAGGAGUCAGGCCAAUAGGCAAUUCCAUUUUAAAAAGCUGCCUUUUUAACAAAACUAUGAGGAAUAAGAAGUGGUUGGAAUAAACAGAUUAACGGCUGUUAAUGGGAGAAGUAAUUGGAAGGCCAUGGCUCCCUUUUGGCAUUUACUUUCUUGAAGCAAAUUGUCAGGUUGAAUCGCUUUCAGGGGAGAUGGAAGAUGCCACAGUUUUGGCCAAACAAGCAGCUCUUCCCACCAGUCAGGCUAGCUUUUCAGCCCUGGGGACUAGAUCUCAGAAAAACUGUGGUUUCUACCCCUGUAAGUGAAUAGACACAAAGACCCACCUGCCUGGGGGAAGACCCCUCUUCAAGAAGCUUUGGGUGGGAGGAGAAACAUUCCGUUUGCUCUCCUGUGCUGGGAGACAAUACUAAAGAUUCAAACUGUGCCCAGACAUAAGACAUUGAAUUCUCAGGGCAACUCUUCUUCUCGUUGUUACACUUUUAAAGGCCAUCUCCUGCAUAAAUAAUACAGGGAGUUGUGAAAAUCAAUCUUCUAUCUGAACCGUUCUUGGUUUAGCCUUUUAUUACGUCAGAGCAAGUAAAUGUUCUGUUCUUCACAGCAAAUAAGCCAAUUGGUGUCUUGGCCAAGAGUGAAAUAUUUGGACUUCAGUGUUAACCACAGUACUUUUUAUUUUACAAAUUGCCUUUUCGUGUUGGCUGCUCAUGUUUCCAGCUAGAAUUGCCAUCACUGUGGCUCUUUCUAAAAAUCCUUUCAUUUAACAGGCUCACUGAAAUUAGUCAUAGGAAACCGGUGAUUUGAUAAAGAAGCGUUCCUUGGAGCACAGAAAGGACGUGGGAUUGUGCUUCAGGUGGGUUGCAUAGCACAGUAUUAAACUUACUGGAGACAGCUAGAAUCCAGGAAGUCUAUGGGUCUGAAGAUGGAAAGCUCUUCCUGCUGUGAAUAAGAGUGGACUCUUUUUUCUCCCUCCAGCUGAAACUUCAACACACCCAGAGUCUUCUGAGAUUCUAAUUUCGAGUCCUUGUUACAGAAGACCUUGUUGCUAUGGAAUAUGAAACACAGGGCAUGUCAGAUGGAGAGAUUCUCUUUAACUUAAGAGCCUUAAAUAGCUUUGAAAGUACACCAAGACAGUUUCCACUGGAAUUAAAAUUAGAAAUGAAUAUUUGUAGGUGCCCUUGAAGCUUUUUGGGGUCUCAAAUCAUCAAGAGUCAGGGACAGUUUAAAGGAAGAGUGUUUGCAAAACUGGGUAGCUAGAAAUGUAGACAGACUUCUAUUUUGUCAUGCUGAGGAAACCUAGAAAUCUCUCCUCACCCUCAGUGAAGAGGGAUGGCCCUGAGCAGUGCCUCACUUUGCUGGUCGCCUUACUUGUCAAAUGUAGCUGCUUCCGAGCCAGUGGUGCGCUGCUCUUCUGGUCUCCAGAAUUUUCCUGCUCUAAACUUGAUCCCCUGAGCCGAUCACCGCCCCCUUCCCUGCCCCCCUCCCCCACUCGCAAGGGUGAUUUCUACCUCUUUUCUUGGCCCCAGCCUAGUUUUGGAGGAGUUCCUCAGUGUCCUCAUGAGGCAAGUGUGUUUGCCCUUGGACCAGAGACCUGGGUCGGUGUGCUGUGUGGACCCCAGCCUUCCGGGCAGCGUGUGCCUAGAGCUCCUGGAGCCUGCCCUCCGCUUGCAUCACCACCUGUGACAGAUGAGGCAGUGCGCUCCUUUGAUGUUUGUUUUAAAAGUAGCUUCACUGCUUCUCUUCAUACAUUUUUAAAAGUAAUCAUUGCACUUUGGAAAGCAGUGCUCAUCAAAAACAACCUUAAAAACGUAUCUUAAUCGUUUACUAGUUGUCUCCCACAGAAGCUGUCCUGGUGAGGCUGGCCGCUGUCUUCCCUUCCCCCUGAAUCUGAGGGUUCUCCACAUUGCUAAGGGCAGUACUGCAGAUGUGUGUAGAAGACCGGACAGUUCACCUAGACUGUAGGAAAUUACCUCUUUAAUUGCCCAGUAGAAUUCACUGUCAGGAGAUUCACCUGAUUAUAGUACUACGGUUUUAUAUUAAUAAUUUGCAGACUUUUAUCUAACCUGCACUCAUGUACAGAUUAUUAAAAGUUUUAAAAUGUAACUGAUUAAUCAGUAUUUGAUCAAUCAUUGUCUUGAUUUUUUUUAAUUAAAAUGUAUAUUUCUAAUCAUAUUUUAUAAAGCUGAGAGAACUGGUUGAAUGAUUGUUUAUUUUCCUGAAGGUAUUUUUAAGAUAAAGCUUCCUAAUGGCCUGUAAACUUUGCAUAUCUAUGUAGUUUGAUACGUAUUGUUGCAUUUGAAAAUCUUGUGUAUUGUAACUGGUUUUAUACAAAAUAUUGAAUAGUGGAAAUUGUAUAAUUAUAAUCACAUAAUUAAAAGUAUUAACAAAGCUGC